GAAUUCACAAGGACAUGCCAUUGUAAAUGGCAUCCGACGAAUUGCGCAUGUCUUUGGAUAUGUAACGUCGUUCAAAGCAUACCUCGACAUAUCCUCGCAGUCACCCAAGUCUGUCGGUUUUCGCUCAGACCUUCAGUCCUCUGGAGUGUCCAUGAUUGACUGCCCCCAUAACGGCAAGAAAGACGUCGUGGACAAAAUGAUUCUCGGUGUGUGUUCACUAAGGCGCUCGUACCAUGCACUGUGAACUUUGUUUGCCAGUGGAUAUGCUUGCAUAUGCUGUCGAUAAUCCGUCACCGGCAACCAUCAUCCUGAUAGCCGGUGACCGGGAUUAUGCUUAUGCUGUUUCAACCCUCCGCCUUCGACAGUACAACGUCGUCCUCAUCGUGCCUCCAGCGCCAAAUAUUCCCCAGAGUCUGGAGUCUCAAGCCUCUGUCGUGGUGGAUUGGAACUUUGCUAUACUUGGAAAGCGCACAGAAACCGAUACGUCACCCGUGCGGCAACCCUAUCGCAACCUCGAUGAGGAUAUCGUCGAGCGGCUGUCGCGCGAAAUCCGGGAAUUCAAUGAGGAUCCUGCUGUGACCCUCAUUUCUUCGGUUCCUCCCGCAACAUCUGCCCAUAUGCGACGCAUUAGUGCAGAAGAGCUGUUGCAGCCAUCGGUGUUUGGACCGAAUACAGCAACUUCAGGUGAUGCAACUCUGCCUGCCUUGACGUGCACGCCGAAGAAGGUUGCUAGCUCAAUCCCUGAGAUGUCUGAACGUCCUAGGUUCGGGUCUGUGGCGUCGCGGACUAGAUCCGCGACGCAGACUGUCCCAGACAUCGAUCAAGGCUCAGCCUCCCCUCUCAAAGAGAACGAUAAACUUUCAAAUGAAAGUCUCGCAGACAAUUUCGUUAGCACAGCUAAUGAGAAUCAGGAUGCGACUCACGAUCCAUUUGCUAGCACAAUUGCCCGAUUGGAACGCAACCCGGACGGGUCAGACUUACCCCCUACCAUAAGCUUCGGGAACUUUCCACCAUCUCCAGUGCCUGCCGUCCCGUACAAAUUGGGUCUGAAGAACCCUCGCCUCGCCUCUGCGUCACACACCCGCACCAUCUCUGGAUGCACGCCCAUCUCGUACGGCGAGACACCCCAGAGAGUCAUGCCUCCUGCAGUGCCCUCGUCGCCUGCAGCCUCACGCAGACGGAAUGAUGACGUUACUACACCGCAGUCAGCGAACACCGACUUUGUCUCAGCCAUUAUGGACGAUUAUGUCCUUCCAUCGGACCAAGCAGCGCUUAGGAAUGCCUUUCAAUUUGAUGACGAAGACGAAGAUAAAGACCACAACAGCGACGAGGAGGUUGCAGAUAGCUCAACCAGUCCACCUCCAAUUGAGGUCGACAAUCGAUCGUGCGCGUAUGCUGUGAACUCUGCUGAAUCGUGCUCCAAUAUUGGUUGGCGUACUUGCACUACGGACUCUCCUUCUGCCAAUGGCACUCUCUCCACCACUCAACCUUCCGUAACUCCUAUGUCUCAGAUGUCGUCGUCGCUGACUUUGACCUGUUUCCGAUUCCAACGUUACCUCGUCUGACGUUCAAGUUGAGAUCGACUCACAACAACCAAGGUCUGUUAUCGGUGAUAACCAAGACAGUCCUUCAGGGUGUCAAGCGUCUCUUGUCGAGUUCGUUGAGGACAAGAUCCGAGGCCUGACACCCCUACAUUUCUUGCCGAUGAUCAAUCUGCUUUUGCAGGCGAGGUCGAACGGGAUUACGACGCCA